ACUUUCGAAGCUGUAACUGUAAAAAUUGGUUUCUACCUAUGGAUUAGCUAGGGAAAAGUCAUUUUUUCUUAAUUCAGAAAAUAGUCUUUUAUAAUACAUUUUAGGUGAAACAUGGCAGUCCCAGGAAAGAAAGCAUCAAAACAAGUUUUAUCAUCAACAACAUCCAGGUCAGAUGAAUUGACCUUGCCGUGUCGUAAACAUUCAAAAGAAAUGACAAAGUUCUACUGCAAUGACCAUAAAGAACUUCUCUGCAGGGUUUGUGUUACCCUUGAACAUCAAGCUACUUCCUGUAAUGUCAACUAUAUACCAGACAUUUCUGGUGAUAUAUUAGAGAGCAAAGAAUAUCAAGUAAUCUUGAAUGUAGUAAAGACCACUUCUGACAAAUUUCAGCCGAUAUUAAAAGAUGUCAAGGACAUGAAACACAAAUCAAACAGUUCUCUCAAAGAUGCAUUAGUUGACAUUAAAAAGUUUCGGCAAGAAAUCAACAAAAGACUAGAUGUACUUGAGAGACAGGCUGAAGAUGCAGCUAAAGUCAUAAAAAAAGAAAACAAAAAACAUCUGAAAGCAGUAGAAGAAAUAUGUGAAGAUAUAACCAAAUCUUUGAAGAAAUCAUCUAAUAACAUCAAACAACUUAACAGAAAGAAACAUGCUGAUAAUCUAUUCAUUGAUUUAAAACUUGCUAAGAAAACAAUCAAAGAUAUGGAGGGAAAACUAUUAAAACUGUCACAAUUCUAUAUCAAAGAGCACAACUUUCAAUCAAAUGAUGUAAUAUUAAAUUUGAUUAAAACAGAAAAGUCACUGGGUAUAUUGACAAUGAAAACUUUAAAUACAGAAUGUCAAUCUGUACAAAUAAAGUCUAGAAAAUCUUCACAUGAGGGAGAAAUCUGUGUGAAGACAUCAAAAGAUAAAAUAACAUGCAGGAUAACAGGAAUUACUCUGCUGACUCCUGAUCUUCUUAUCAUCACAGACUACUUUAACAAUGCUGUCAAGAUGGUGGAUACCAGCAGUCAAUCUGUGUCUGAUCAACUACAACUAGAUGGUGGACCAUGGGAUAUCACAAGAUUAACCAGUACUGAACUUGCUGUCACAAUUCCUUUAAAACAAACAAUACAAUUUAUAUCAAUCUCAUCAAACAAACUCAUAAAGAAACACACUAUGAAGGUUGGUGGAGAAUGUCUUGGUAUGAGCUGUUACCAAGGUAAACUUGUUGUGUCACUACGUUCUCCUGCAAAACUUCAGAUCCUUGAUACGAAUGGCAUUAUGCUGACAACAAUUGAUGGAAAAAAUAUUUUCAAAUAUCCAUAUAAUAUCACAUGUAACAGAAGUUCAAUCUAUGUCUCUGACUGUGACAUGAAGGCAAUAACAAAAUUAAACUGGCAAGGUUUAGUGAUAGGUUGUUAUAGUGGUAUGAGUUAUCAUACAGGAAUGUCACUGUCAGAUGAUGGCACUGUCUUUGUGUGUGAUAAUGGAAGCUGUGUUAUAGAAGAGAUAUCAGGAGACCAUUGUACAGGAAAGGUGGUGCUGCAGGAUCUGAAGAGACCAUUAGCUGUUUGUUGGUGUGGAAAAAACAAAGAAACUGUAUUAUAGUUGUUAUGCUUUGGGUGAAAAAUAUGGCAAUUUCCUUCACAUCUGUUACCUGUCGUAGACAUGAAAAGAGACUUAUUAGAUUAAACAAUGUCAACAGUUCUUAAAUUCAUCAUUCAUUAUUCUAAAACUGGCCUUAAAGUGAAAGCAUGAUGAAAACUUUGCAAGACACUUUUAUGCUAGAUUUUUUUAAAUUUUUAAAUGUGUAGUAAUAUCUUUGGAAACUUAGCAAGAUACCUUUUUGAUCUUUAAAUGUUUAGUAGAAUCUUAUGUCAAAUUUUGAGGAUGAAUGAUUUAAUCUAUUCUUUUGUUGCAUAAAUCUAAUAUAUCAACACUUAAUGUAACCUCUAUAGGACUGCACCUCUUUGCAACAACCUUGUCACCUUUGUCUCCAUUCCAAAAGGGUGUUGCUCAACAGGGGUUAUACAGUAUUUUAUGAAUCUUUAUCAAUUUGGAGAUCACAGAUUCACCCAAUUACGCAUCCUUUAUGAACUAUUUUAUCCUUAAUGCAUUUUCAUCACUAGAUCAUGUAUAAGAUUUUACAUGCUCAAAUGAUGACUUAAAAGACUGACCAGAGUUACUGAUAAGCACAUUUCUUCCCUCUAUAUGUGAUCCUAAAAAUGAUUGUAGAUGAUAAAAUAUUGAUAAAACUUCAACUUCUUAGUGUAAAUCUUUUUAAGCCUUACAAUUAUUUCAACAAAAUCCAUGAUAAAACCAUAUCAAUGUAUUGCUGAAAACAACGUCAUUCUCUUUAUAAUGCUGUGAAUAAUUUAAAACCACUUUUAUAUCAUUUUUCUACAGACAGUUUAUGAUCGUCUUAUAUACUAAGUCAACACAACGUUUGCCGAUAAACUAGGGGAGAUAUCAACUUUUAGCACGGUUUGAAAAAACAACUUUCAAAAUUUCAACAGUCAAGGCUUUUUUAUAAUUCUGAAAAGUUAAUUCUGUAAAACGCAACACCUUCUUGCACACUAUGGACUUUAUCAGCAA